UAGAAUGUAUUCAGCUUCGUGUUAUUUUAAUCUUAUUAUAAUGUCAUUCCCUAUCAUCUGCCCAACUCUGUUAGCAGGCAUAAAAAAGAAGGAAGUCAGAGUGAUGGGAAGAGGGUCUUUGCAGUUACUCUUUGACUGUUGUCUGUGGGAGUAGAUUAUAUUCUUGAUGUGAAAAUGCUUCAGUCUUGUGACCAAGAAGACCACUAAUCUAGGCACAAAUGAGCUUUUCAGUGAAAUAUAUAACACCGUAGUUGUGUUCCAUACUGGAUUUUCAAUAUUUUGCAUUCUCAAUUUUUUUACUUGGUUGUGUGUUAAGUAAUUACCGUUUUAUAUAUUUCUUCUGUUUGCAGAUACAAAUGACUAUUCUUUAAACUGAACCAUGAGUCUUGCAUUACAUGAUCUGCUUGUUUGUUGUCGUCGCCUUGAAAAUGAGAAGGCUGUGGAGCGAAGGAAGGAAGUUGAAAAUUUUAAGAGACUUCUCUGUGAUUCUGAAACAGUUCGCCAGCUGGACCGGAAUUCUGAUUUUAAACAAGGAAAGCAACUCAACUGGGAUGCUGUAUUUAGUGUCUUGCAGAAAUAUUUCCAGAAAGAAAUUAGAAACCUGCAGCAGACAAAACCAAAUGCAUCUGCUUCAACCCAAACUAUGAGACAGAAAAAGAUACAAGAAGUUGGAAGCCUGGUCAAAUACUUCAUCAGAUGUGCUAAUAAAAGAGGACCAAGGCUGAAAUGUCAGGAACUUCUGAUUUACGUCAUGGAAAUUAUGAGGGAUCCAACAAGUUGUGCUGCAUGUGGUUCUGACUGUAGUAACAUACUCCUAAAAGAUAUCCUCUCAGUAAGGAAAUACUGGUGUGCGAUAUCCCAGCACCAGUGGUCAGAGUUGCUGAUCCUGUAUGGCCAAUUGUACCUCAAACCUUCUGGAAAUAUUAGUAGAGUCUUGGUGGCUAGGAUAAUUCACACACUUAUGAGGGGGUACUGCUUCCAAACUGAUGGGUUGAGUUCUGAUAUGCUUAUCUUCUUUUCAAAAGCCAUGCAGUCUGCAAGACAGGAGAGGAAUAGUGCAGGCCUGGAUCAUAUUGUUGGAGCAAUGAAUAUCUUCUGCAAUAAGUUUGCUGACAACUGUCGCAUACGGAUUUGUAAAGUAGGGGAAGAAAUUUUACCUGCGUUGCUUUAUAUAUGGACUCACUAUAGACCAAAGGAUUCCCUGAAGGAAUCAAUAAUUGAGUUAUUUCGUCUCCAAGUUCAUAUUCAUCAUCCAAAGGGUGCAAAAAGUCAGGGAAGAGGUGCAUAUGACUUAACAAAAUGGCAAAGUAUCUUGCAUAACCUGUAUGAUCUUCUGGUGAAUGAAAUAAAUCUCAUCAGUAGUAGAGGAAAGUAUUCUUCAGGCUCGCGUAAUAUUGCUGUAAAGGAAAAUUUAAUUGAGUUAAUGGCUGAUAUUUGUCAUCAGGUUUUUACAGAGGAUACCAAAGUCCUUGAAAUUACCCAGUCAUUUGCCAUUACCCAAAGAGAGCCCAGUGAAGACACAGUACCAAACAAGCGCAGGAGGAUUGAACUAGGCUGGGGGGUCAUUCGAGACAACGUGCAAAUAUCUCAGAAGGAUUUUGAUGUCAUACCUUGGUUACAGAUUACAACUCAAUUAAUAUCAAAGUAUCCCAUGAGUCUUCCUAGCAACGAGCUACCUCCCUUGCUCAGUGUACUUCACCAGUUACUGCCUCAGCAGCGCCGAGGAGAGAGGACCCGAUACGUGCUGAAGUGUCUCACAGAGGUAGCUUUGUGCCAAACCCAGAAAACUGAUUUGAAAAGCACCCACAAGCUGGAGCUCCAGAGAACCUGGGCAAAGAUUUGGACUCUUACCAUUCGCAGUGUAAGCUUCCAGCAAAUUGAAGUGGAGAGCUUUGGGCUACUUGGAGCUAUGAUUCAAGGAAACCUUGUCGUGACAGAUAAAGAACUGUGGAAGAUCUUUUCAGGACCUGCAUGCAAGCCUUCAAGCUCUUCUGUAUGUUGUUUAUCACUAGUGAUGUCUGCCUAUUCCAUGCCAGAAAAUUUGGACACAGGAAUGGAACAUAAUAUUUCUGAAAGAAAUCUGGAUUCUGCAUUAAGAGAGGCAAUAAUGAAAUGGCUCCUGUCCUGCAAUUUGGAGGAAGAGAUAGAAGAAUGUGCAGGAUUGCCUCCCGUGCUCUGCAGUGAUUUUCCUCAUCUUGUAUUACAAAAAAUUCUUGUGAGUCUUACAAUGAAGAACUGUAGAGCUGCUAUGAACUUUUUCCAAAAUGAUACUAAAUGUGAGCAACAUGUGCAGAGUAAAGAAGAAAACGGUUUUUCUGAUGUUGAAGAGCUGUACCUGCAGACAACAUUUGAUGAAAUGGAUAUUUUCACUAACUUUGCAGUAAAUGUUGCAGAUAAAAACGUGACUGGUUCAAGACUUGCCAUCAACCAAAAUCUUAGGGAAACACUGGAGAAUUGUCUUUUAGCAAUGUCAGAAAAGCUUUUAAGCAAUUGUGCUCCUAAGUCUAAGGUUCUUGCUGCUGAACACCUUGUCCGAUGUGCCAGUCUCUUGGUUGGUGUUCUUGGUUGCUAUUGCUACACUGGUAUAUUUAAAGAAGAGGAUGCCUGUAAAUCAGAGUUGUUCCAGAAUGCUAAGUCUCUCAUUCACUAUGCUGGAGAAAGCAUUUCUCAGUCAAAAAACAAACUAAAUGAAGAUACCCAGGUCAACUCUCUGAGGACUUUGAUAAUGCAGUGUACAAAAUGUUUGUGCAAUUGCACCAAGAACAGUGCUAAUAAGAUAUUGUCUAAUAUAUUCCUGCGUUUGUUAACAUCAAAAUUUAUGAAUGAUCUCUUAGAUAUUUGCAAAAAUCUCAUGACAGCUACUGGAAAACCAAGUGUACUGGGAGAAGUGGAUCUCAGGAAUGAUCCUGAGGAGAGUAUAAUGGAAGUAGAUAACCAGGUAUCUGAUGAUCUAUUUGAUAAUCGUUCAGUGACUGACAUCAGUGAUACGCAUGAAUCUGGUGAUAUGCAAACUGCAACAGGUGCUUUGAGCCCAUUAGCUGAGGAACAGUUGACAAAGAAGGAUUUACUUCUCCUUGAAAUUGUGAGGUUCUUAUGUAUUUGUGUAACUACAGUCCAAACUCAGACAGUGAGCUUCCGAGCCUCUGACAUCCGGCGGAGGCUGUUAAUGCUUACUGAUGUCAGUGUCUUUGAUGGCACUAAACCAUUACAUCUGCACAUGUACUUGGUUCUUUUGAAGGAGCUCCCUACCGAAGAACACCUCUUGCCUGCAGUGGAUGCAGAUAUGCUUCUGAAACCUCUUCCUACCGUAUGUUCUUUGUACCGUCGAGAUCAAGAAGUUUGUAAAGAAAUUCUGAAUAACUUGCUCCCUGUAGCAGUAGGGUUGGCCCAGUCUGAUGAGGCAGCUGAAGAGACAGUGAGUGCCAGAGGACAGUUUUUGACAGUUGUUGGAGCCUUUUGGCAUUUAUCUCAAGGAGGGAAGUGCACUGCAUCAGUAAGAGUGGCCCUUUUAAACUGCAUGAAAGCCCUGCUUGAGGCUGAUCCUCAUUGCAAGUGGGCAAUCCUUAAUGUGAGAAAUGAAGAUCUACCUGUGAAUGAUGCCUUCCCACAUUUCCUUGCAGACAGUCACCAUCAAGUUCGCAUUCUUGCUGCAAAGUCAAUUAUCAGUUUGUUUCAAGAUGUGAAACAGAGAGAUUCUUCUGGAACGUCAAAACCUCUUCCCUUGAAGCUCCAGCAGAAGGCUUUUGAGAAUGCAUAUCUCAGAGUUCAGGAAGGAAUGAGAAACCUGGUCAGGGGUGAUGCGAGUCCUGAAGAGCUUUUGGACAAACAGCAUAAUGGAAAAGCAGUUUUACUGAUGCUUAUAACCAUGGUCCUGUGCUGCAGUCCAGUCUGUGAAAAGCAAGCUUUGUUUGCCCUUUGCCAGUCUGUGAAAGAGAAUGGAUUAGAACCUCACCUGGUGAAAAAGGUUUUGAAGAAAGUAUCUGACAUUUUUGGCUAUAAAAGUAUAGAAGAAUUCAUGACGUCACAUUUAGACUAUUUGGUGACGGAGUGGCUGAAAAUAAAUGACAGUGGAUAUAGCCUGUCUGCUUUUCCUUAUGUUCUUCUGAACUAUGCUAGCCUUGAAGAAUUCUACAGGUCUUGUUAUAAAGUUCUGGUUCCACACCUGGUGGUUAGAAGUCAAUUUGAAGAUGUGAAGUCACUUGCUGACAAGAUUGAAAAAGACUGGAGACAGGUUCUCGCAGACUGUUUUCCAAAGUUACUUGUGAAUAUCCUUCCGUAUUUUGCCUAUCAAAGCCAUGGAAUGAGUGAAGUAGUGGAGCAAAGAGAGACAGCUUCUAAAGUCUACGACAUGCUGAAGGAUGAAAACUGCUUGGGAAAACAGCAAAUAGACAAUUUAUUUCAUAAUAACUUACCAGAGAUUGUGGUUGAAGUGUUGAUGACUUUACAUGAACCACCUGGUACCACGGUAGAAGAAGGAGCUCAUCUAAGUAAAUACGUAAGGGAACUGGAUCCUGCUCCUAAUCCUCCUCAUUUUCCUUCUUAUGUGAUUAAGGCAACCUUGGACUAUAUUAGCAACUGUCAUAAAAGCAAAUUAAAAAGUAUUGUAGCAGUUCUUUCUAAAAGCCCUGAUUCAUUCCAGAAAAUCCUUCUAGCCCUUUGUAAGCAUGCAUCAGAUACAAACAACAUUUAUAAGAAACAGAGAGUUCUUCUAAUUUAUCACUUGUUUGUUAGUCUCUUACUUAAAGAAAUAAAAGAUGGUUUAGGCGGAGCCUGGGCUUUUGUACUCCGAGAUGUAAUUUACACCCUGAUUCACCACAUCAAUAGCAGACCUGUUGUUAUCAGAGACAUAUCCAUGCGCAGCUUUUCACUCUGUUGUGAUCUCCUUCAUCACGUUUGCCACACAGCGGUUACGUGUUGCAGUGAUGCUCUAGAGACACACCUUCAUGUUAUUGUAGGAACCCUAAUACCUCUUGCCAUGAACCAGUCUGAGAUUCAGGACCAGGUCCUAGGCUUGUUGAAGUAUCUGGUGAUAGAUAAUAAGGAUAAUGAAAAUCUUUAUCACGCAAUCAAAUGCUUAGAUCCUUUUCCUGAACAUCCAGCUUUUAAAGAUUUGCGAACAACUCAGCAGAAAAUAAAAUACAGUAAAGGACCAUAUUCUCUUUUGGAGGAAAUUAACCACUUUCUCUCAGUUGGUGUUUGUGAUUCACUGCCCUUAACACGGCUUGAAGGACUGUAUGAUUUACGCAAACAGUUGGAACAAUACAAAGAUCAGAUGAAGGAUCUCCUGAAAAAUUUCCAGGAAAAACCAGAAGAUUCUGUAGUAGUGAAAUUGGUGGUGAGCUUACUGCAGCUGUCCAAGAUGGCAGUUAACCAUACAGGAGAAAAAGCAGUGCUGGAGGCUGUUGGAAGUUGUUUGGGAGAAAUAGGUCCCAUGGAUUUCUCCGCCAUAGCUCUUCAGCGUGCUGAAAAUGCACUGGAUUCUAGAGCAGCGGACUUAUUUGAAGAUAGAAAACGUCAGUGGGUCUUCAUAAUGUUAACGCAAAUAAAUACUGCUUUAACAGAUAAUUGUAUUGAUGUUAGAGCUGCUGCUGUUUCCUGUUUGAAAAACAUAUUAGCCACAGAGUCUGGCAGUGAAUUUUGGGAAGUUUAUAAAAAUAAAGCUGAUCCGCUGUUAGUCUAUCUACAGCCUUUCAGAACAUCUAGAAAAAAGUUUCUUGUAGUAUCUGCUGAUGAUACAGAGGCUCGUUUAGAAACUUUGGAUGACACAAACCUGUGGAUUCCUCUGGGAGAAAGUCAUGAGACCUGGAUCAAGCACCUAACUAGUUCAAUAUUGGACAGUGGAGGUGUGAAAAAUGAAGUUUUACAGUUAAUGAAGCCACUGUGUGAGGUGAAAACAGACUUGUGUCAAACUUUGCUUCCAUACUUGAUUCAUGAUAUAGUUCUUCAUGACUCAGAUGAAUCUUGGAGAAAUCUUUUGUCACUUCAUAUCCAGAAGUUCUUUACAGCCUGUUGCAAAUUUGCCUCGUCUAGUAGAUCUACUCCAUAUUCGGAUUCAGAGCAAGAAACCCAUAAUUUUAGAAGUUUGGAUAAAGUAUCUCGACGAGCCAUGCUUGCUGUUGUUGAUUACUUAAGAAGACAAAAGAGAUCUGCUUCAGGUACAGUUUUUGAUGACAGCUUCUGGCUGGAUCUGAAUUAUCUUGAGGUUGCUAUAGCAGCACAGUCUUGUGCUGCUCACUUCACAGCCUUGCUCUACGCAGAAAUCUACGCAGACAAGAUAAAUAGAGACAAACAGCAGAAAAGAUCUUUUAAAGCAGCCAAGAGUUUGACAUUUGAAGAAGAAAGUCAAAAAACAACUAUUAGUACUUUGAAUGAAAAAAGUAAAGAGGAAACUGGCUUAAGUUUACAGGACCUUCUCAUGGACAUAUACAGAAGCAUUGGAGAACCUGACAGUCUCUAUGGCUGUGGUGGAGGAAGAAUGUUACAGCCAUUAGCACGGCUAAGAACAUAUGAGCAUGAAGCAGUAUGGGAGAAAGCCCUUGUAACAUAUGACCUUGAGACAAGCCUCUCUCCAUCUACUCGCCAGGCAGGAAUAAUAGAGGCUUUGCAGAAUUUUGGUCUUUGCCACACUCUUUCCAUGUAUUUAAAAGGGCUGGAACAUGAAAACACCGAGUGGUGCAUGGAACUGCAGGAAAUGCGCUACCAGGCAGCAUGGAGGAAUAUGCAAUGGGGCCACAUCUCUUUUGUCAGAGAUGAAACAGAAAGACCAGGUUACCAUGAAUCAUUGUAUGAUGCUCUUCAGUCUUUACGAGAUAAGGAAUUCUCUGCUUUCCAUGACAGUCUUAAAGAUGCCAGGGUGAAUGAAGUCAAAGAGCUGUGCAAAGGCAGUCUUGAAUCUGUUUAUUCAUUAUACCCAACCCUUUGUAGACUACAGCUAAUUGGAGAGUUGGAAAACACAGGUCUGCUCUUCUCCAGAUCUGUUACUGCUCAACAACUGAAUGACAUUUAUUUGAAAUGGCAGAGACAGUCCCAACUUCUCAAGGACAGUGACUUCCAUUUCCAGGAACCUAUCAUGGCUCUGCGCACUGUCAUUUUGGAGAUCUUGCUUGAGAAGGAGAAUGACAAUACCAAAAGAGAAUGUAUUAAAGACAUCCUGACCAAACAUCUGGUGGAGCUCUCUAGAUUGGCAAGAACUGCUAAAAAUACACAGCUUCCAGAAAGAGCUAUGUUUCAGAUCAAACAACACAAUCCAGAGGGAUGUGGCAUUUCUGAAUGGCAACUAGAAGAAGCUCAGGUUUUCUGGGCUAAAAAAGAAGAGAGUCUUGCACUGAAUAUACUUAAAACGAUGAUAAAAAAGUUAGAUGCAGAUUGGUUUCAGGUUGAGAAUGAUCCUCACCUGAAACUGAUGUAUACAGAGUGCCUGAGACUGUGUGGAACCUGGUUAGCAGAAACAUGCUUGGAAAACCCUACAGUCAUCAUGCAGAAAUACUUAGAAAAGGCUGUGGAAAUUGCUGCAAGCCACAGCGGAGAGAGCAUUGAUGAGCUGAAGAAAGGAAAGAUGAAGGCCUUCCUGUCUUUGGCUCGUUUCUCUGAUAACCAGUACCAGCGAAUUGAGAAUUACAUGAAAUCCUCAGAGUUUGAAAAUAAGCAGGCCCUACUGAAGAAGGCCAAGGAGGAGGUCGGCCUCAUCAGGGAGCGUAGAGUUCAAACCAAUAGAUACACGGUGAAGGUUCAGCGAGAACUUGAACUGGAUGAAUGUGCCAUACAAGCCCUAACUGAGGAUCGUAAACGUUUCCUGUGUAAAGCAGUGGAGAACUAUAUCAGCUGUUUACUAAGUGGAGAAGAACAUGAUAUGUGGAUAUUCCGACUCUGUUCACUAUGGCUUGAAAAUCCUGGAGUGGACAGAGUCAAUGAAAUGAUGAAGGAAAAUGCACAGAAGAUUCCCUCAUACAAGUUUUUGCCUCUGAUGUACCAGCUGGCCGCUCGGAUGGGAACUAAGAUGAUGGGUGGUUUAGGAUUUCACGAAGUUCUGAAUAAUCUAAUGUCUAGAAUUUCACUGGAUCAUCCUCAUCAUACUUUGUUUAUAAUAUUAGCUUUGGCUAAUGCUAACAAAGAUGAACUCCUCGCAAAGCCAGAUGCAAUAAGAAGAAAUAAGUUAAUUAAAAAUGCACCGAAAGAAAUCUCCCAGCUUGAUGUGGACAGAAUGGAGGCUGCUAGCACUAUAAUCAAUAUCGUAAGAAAAAAGAGAGCUCAUAUGGUUAGAGACAUUGGAGCACUUUGUGAUGCUUACAUCACAUUAGCAAAUGUAGAUGCUACUCCGUGGAAAUCUCAAAGAAAACAAAUAAGUAUUCCAGCUGACCAGCCAAUUAUUAAACUGAAGGACCUGGAUGUUGUUGUUCCUACCAUGGAAAUUAAGGUGGAUCCCACAGGACAAUAUGAAAAUUUGGUCACAAUAAGAUCUUUCAAGCGAGAAUUUCUUUUAGCAGGAGGCAUGAAUCUGCCUAAAAUAAUAGAUUGUGUAGGAUCAGAUGGUAAAGAAAGGAGGCAGCUGGUUAAGGGGCGUGAUGACCUCAGACAAGAUGCUGUCAUGCAACAAGUUUUCCAGAUGUGCAAUACGUUGCUCCAGCAAAACACUGAAACACGAAAGAGAAAAUUAAAUAUCCGAAGAUACAAGGUGGUUCCCCUUUCCCAGAGAAGUGGUGUUCUCGAGUGGUGUUCAGGAACAACUCCCAUUGGGGAGUUUCUUGUGAAUGUCGAACAAGGAGCUCACAGGAGAUACAGGCCAGGAGAUUACUCUGGUUAUCAAUGUCAAAAAAUAAUGAUGGAUGCACAAAAGAAACAACCUGAAGAGAAAUACAGAAUCUUCUUGCAAGUCUGUGAGAAUUUUCAACCUGUGUUUCGGUAUUUCUGCAUGGAAAAAUUCCCGGAUCCAGCUGUGUGGUUUGAAAAACGAUUGGCAUACACUCGUAGUGUGGCUACGUCUUCUAUAGUUGGCUACAUUCUUGGACUUGGAGACAGACAUGUUCAGAAUAUCUUGAUAGAUGAACAAACAGCAGAACUAGUGCAUAUAGAUCUGGGGGUUGCCUUUGAGCAAGGUAAAAUCCUUCCCACACCAGAGACUGUUCCAUUUAGAUUAACCAGGGACAUUGUGGAUGGAAUGGGUAUUACUGGCGUGGAAGGAGUCUUCAGAAGAUGCUGUGAGAAAACAAUGGCUGUUAUGAGAAAUUCUCAAGAAGCUUUGCUGACUAUUGUAGAGGUGCUGCUCUAUGAUCCUCUUUUCGACUGGACCAUGAACCCCCUGAAAGCUCUGUACCUGCAGCAGAGACCAGAGGAUGAGGCUGAGAUGAGCUCUACACUCGGUACUGAUCCACAGGAACGUAAAAGAAAAGCCAGCAGUGACGACCAGAGCUUUAACAAAGUGGCUGAGCGUGUUCUGAUGAGACUUCAGGAGAAGCUGAAAGGUGUUGAGGAGGGAACAGUGCUCAGUGUAGGAGGGCAAGUGAACCUCCUCAUACAGCAGGCCAUGGACCCUAAAAAUCUGAGCCAACUCUUUCCCGGAUGGAAACCCUGGGUGUGACUCCAGAGGAUCCAGCAUUCUUUAAAAAAAAAAAAAAGCAAACUAUUUCUAUGUAGCAAGUGUCUUAACAUUUCAAACUGGUAUUUCAUAAAUAAAAUUUGUAUCAGGAGCAACCAUGAAGCCUUAUACAUAUUAGCAUUCAGUGAAUGGUUUGGGUUUUUUUCAGUAACAUUUAACUGAGAAAACAUUUUUUUGUCCAGUUAGGUUCACCAUACAGUAUAAACACUAAGCUUUGAUGUUCCUUUUGACCCUCAAGGACUUGGCUUGGGUGUACUGGUUGCAUUGUAUUCUUAAAGCCUGAGAUUCAUCCCUUUGUGUAUAUGUUAAAUAGCUGGAGUCUUGUGUCUAGUAAUUUUGUGUGGUAACAUGUCUGCAGAAUGGGUGAUCUAAUAACCAGGAGUCUUACAUUUCUAAAGGGAAGUUAUACUUUAAAAUAAUGCCACAGCGAAAGAAAAGAAAACCAGAGGACCUCAUGUUUAAUGAACCAAGGGUUCUUGGGGUUGGGUUUUUUUAAGCUUAGUUAAAUGGAUACGUCUGUAUAUAGAUGUAGACUUUAAGCCAAGUAUAAUAUAGCUGCCUUUUUUCCAUUGUAAAUUGAAUUAUGUUGGUACUUUAUUUUUAUAGUAGUCUUAAUAGUAUAAAACAAUUAAAAAGAUUUCACUUCUGUAUCUCAGGCUUCCUUGGUAAAAUAAGUUGACUAUACAAUGAAACUUAGCACAUCAGAAAUGCCUCUAAAGUGAACAAUCAUUCUGCAUCUGGAAUAAACACCUGUCAGAAACAUUGAAGUUGUAUUUCGAGUACAAAAAUCUCAUUCUGAUUGCACGUGCUUUUACAGAGGACAUUGCUCUUUCUUAAAAAGAAAAAAUUGGGUAGUCUGUGAAUAUGGUUAAUCAGAAAAUCAAUUCAAAAACCAGUCUUACUGGUAUAUUUAAUAAAUCUUCCUGAAUCAUCUUUAAAAAUAGGAAUGAAAUUUAGUGUACCCUCACAUUAUCUUAGUUUAGAUUUUGUGCAUUUUUACAGCAGUAUUAGUGAAUAAUUCCCAUUCUAAUUGGCAUUUCAUGGGUUUUUAUUUGUACAAUGUUCCCACAGUUUUUAGGCUGUAUCUUUAUUUCAUAAGAUAAUGUCAACAUGGCAAAUGAACCUUUUGUACAUUUCUCCAGGACAUUUCUCCAACAGAUGUUUCACCUGAAAAAAGCUGUAUUAGCAAGUAAACCAAUUGGAAUUGUAUACCUUGAUGGAACUUUUCCAUUAUCAGGAAUUCUGUUCUGUGACUAGGAAUCAGAUAAGUUUGGCUUGCUGGUGAGGUACAUACAGUUUAAACAAAAUAAGGAUGUUGGUCUUCAUGAGUGCUGUUUUGUGGAACCUGUGGAUGGCCUGAAACAGCUCUCAGGGAGAGAUUGCCUAAUGCUAGCACUUAGUGAUGAUACUUAAAUAUUACAGUUAAAUAAAAUUGUUCAUUUCAGCAGGUAGACUGAAGAGUGAAUCCACAGGGAAAGCUGCGAACUGUGCAAAGGAAAGUUUAGAUUCUCUUCCCACCACAUUUGAAAGCCUUCCCUGUAUCCUGAUUGUGUGAGAAGACCAGUGUUGUGUUCACAUAACACAUCACCUGUCCUGCAUGUGAGCACCCCUAUACUUAGAGCUUUCAGGGAUGCAUGGUGCAUAAUGUCAGUAAUAUCCUUAAGGGUGCACACAGCUUCCCCCAUUAUUUCCUCACUUCUGUACAUGUAUCCACAAAAAAUAUGGUGCUGAGGGACUAUACCUUUGCCUGCCCCAGAGAGUUCCCACUGCAGCAUCAGUUGCUUAUGGAUCAGCAAUUUUGUGUUGUCGAAAGUAAACAAGUGGUGUGAUAGGAGUGAAGCAAUUUCCUGAGAUGUAGUUCUGCUUCUCCAUCACAGUGAGCACUGUUUUCAUAGGAAGCUGGACAACUAUCACCUAAAAAGUUUCUUAGUUUAUGAUGCUUUGGUAAACAUUAUGGAAUAGAUUUUUGUGGUGGGCAGGAUUAAUUUCUUAGUCUCUGGGAAAAUUCCUUUAUGCUGUGUGAGUUGUCAGCAUCUGAAGUGACAAAAUGUCAGUUCCUUAAACUGAGUGAAGUCCAUACAUUUGUGAUUUUGUGCAUUAUUUAACAACAGAUGGUUAAGUAGUGCUUCCACAUCCAUUAUAUAAGCAUAUAUUUUACUGAAGUACCUAAUUACAAAACUUCCAUCUGAAAAAAAGAUAAAAUUUCACCAAGUCUUUUCAGUUUUCACCAGUGCCUCAUACGAACACAUAGCAUUAUGCUUCCCACUUCUUAUUAAUGAUCAUAGUAUUUUUGUACAGUAUAUCCUCAGUAAAGGGAGAGCAGAUUCCUUCUUUUAUGUAAUUUUUUUUCAACCUAGAUACAGAUCUGUUAGAUUCUCACCAAAGGAGUUAACACUUCCCUACAAAAAACAGCUUCGCCUCCGCUUGUACUUUCCCCAGACUACCUGCAUCUGUGGUAGAGAGUUCUUUAGAUUUCCCAUGGAGAUAGAUUUUUAGUUCAAGAAGACCGAACAUUCAGUUGUAGGUGUUUCACAAGCCACUGCAGAGAGAACAAUGGCUUUGGAAACUCUAUCCAGAAGUGCUUCCUACAGAGUUCAUACUAUAUAAAGUAAACAACUAAUAAGGUAGUUGUACUUCGUCUCUCAUGACUCACCUGGAAUCUCCAGACAUCUUCUAGACAUUGAACCCCUGAGCUUACCUUUGAGUAAACACUACUUUUGGAUUUGGGCCCAUCAAACCAAAGGAAAAUGUGAAAUUAUAUAGUUGUACAGUAGCUGAAGCUUGUGGUAUAUGUGUUCCACAACAUACCUUCCACCCCCACUGUCCUAUUCUUUAAGGGAAUUUAACUUCAAAGUCAUUGUUCAAUAGAGAGUUCCAGUUUGUCCUCAAGUCUCCAGCCCUGCUUUCCCCCUGCCUUCCUUGUGUGGAAGUUGUGGAUAACAUUUGUCAAGGGGAGAGGCUGUGUUCAAAUGAGUACUUCCUAUGGAUAGCUCCCAAUCCAGAUGUUUUCAUGGAGGAGAGCCUCUUGGAGUGCACCUGACCCAUGCUCAAGUGGUUGGCACUUCAGGAUUAGACCAGUCCUCCUCAGUUAAGAUUUGCAUUCUGUGAAGUUUGCCAAGAUACCUGAAACAACUCUUACAUUAUUUAAAUCUUUGAAAGUAACAUCAACUUAUUAAAUUAAAAUUUAAAUCAGACAUAAAAAAAGUGAAGCAGUGUCUAACCAACCUUGUCAGUAUCUUUCACUCUGCUUGUCUUCAUGCUGGUUUGCGUUUCUUUUUUCUACCAGACUGUCUGACUGCAUCCACAGACCAAGUCCAAGGAUGCAUCCCUGGCUGGGGCACUUUCAGGUACCAUGUACACUUACUGCCGUAGGAGGAGAUGUUAGAUCAGUUUCUGAAAUAUCUCUCUGUUGCUAGACCAGCCUGCAGUUGUUGCUGUUUUAGGUUGAUGCCAAAUUCUGAAUUGCGUGAAUAGGGUGUACUAUGAGGUCAUCUCAGAAUGUUCAGGAUAUAAAACCCUGUUGAGCCAAGCAAGUGCUAUCCAUUGGCCCUCUGGAUCAUGUUCCUGGAAUGAACUGUCUGACAAACCUGAGCCUGAGUAUUGCUCAGGAAAAAACAACUGGUGCUGCCCAAAGCAGAGCAAAUAAAUUAGAUGAUUAUCAAGCAGCAUGGAGAGUCAAGGAUCCAAUUUGUUUGAUCCAUGGCCCUCAAGCAUACUUUCCUAGCCCUUUCUUUAUUUAAGAAAAAUCCAAGACAAACUACAUGGUUCCUUAGGGCUUAGAGCUAAUGCUUCCACCAGGCAAAAGGUGUUUAGGUAAAUGCUAGAGAUGCAAAGGUUAAAGAUUAAAAUUCCUGGUGAUAAGCACUAAAAGUAUCACUUUGUAACAACUUUUGGGGGUUUUUGGUUUGUUGUUGGUUUGUGUUCUGGUUUUUUUUUACUUAGUAAUUUCUGGUUAAUUUUGCUCUAGUGUUUAAAAAAAAAAUUAUUUCUCACAAAAUCAGUUUGUUGGUCAGUUUUUUUCCAGACAGCAAGGUAACUCCUAAAUUACAUCCAAUGACUUAAAUUAUGUCAGUGUAAAUGAGAGGAGAAUCUGGUUCUUUACAUGAUUUUGUUUCGAGUAUUUAGACUUGCCUCACUACCUUAAUCAGUUGAUAAUGUAUGUUAACACACCUAUACAUUGCAUAAUAUGUAAGUAGAUCGUAGACACUAAAAGCCCUUGGCUAUGUCAAAACAGAGAAACUGAUGCCCUAUCAGCACACAGUUGUCCUACUCAUAUAAUUAAAACCAGUUUUAAAUCAAUUUAUUUAGGUCUGUGAAAACCACAGUAGGUGCACGCCUCCAUGUGACACACAUCUCAUUAUAAUUACCUCUUAUCUGUUCACCUUAGUUCUGUCAUUUGCACACAAGGUCUUGUAAAGCAAUGACAAUAAAUGAGGUAUUGUGUUAAGGUAGACAUUAUAUACAGAAAUAUAAACACAGACCUUUGAGCCUCUGGUACUCCUCAGCAUAUACAAUGAUUACUUCAAGCAAAAGUGUUCUGUCAUCAUUCAGUUCCAAAUUACCAGUUUUACUUCAUGUAAAACAUGGAAGUCAGCUUGUGGGCUCCCUGUUUGCACUGUUCCCACUGACCUUGUCAACUGCUUUCCUUCUCACUCCUACACUAUUUUUUGAGUCUUGGUUCUAAUGGUUAUAAAGAUUAUAUAGUAUCCCCUUUUUUUGAUUCCAAAAGCCUUUACUGAAUGCAUCUUUCAGCCACACUUCACUCACUGUUUCCUGACUUCAUUACAGCAUCUGC